AUGAGAGGGAUAAACUGCUGGAGGAGUUUAGAGAAUAAAAAUGAGGAGAUUGAGAAGUUAGGACUUGGAGUGAAGCAAAUGAGGCAAAAGUUGACUUAUGCUGAGGAGUUGUUCAAACUUCUUUAUAGCAUUUUGCGUAGAGAAGGGAUAAAGAUUCACACGUUGGAGGAGAGCAUAUCGGAUAUAGAUGAUGUGGAUGUUAAGAAUCUAAGGGAGGGCAUCCGCUAUGAUGCUUCAGUUGGUAGCUUUGCUAAAGGAGUUUUGUAUGAUGCCGUGCUCGAUUCUGGUUUUGGUGGUGAAAGGGGCUCUGAGGGCAAGGAAGAUGUGCAUAAUGAACUUCUUGACAGCCAGCUAGAAAGUGAGAAUGCCGGCUUUGGCGUCAAAUAG